CGACCUGGACAAGUCCCCCGGCCAGACGGCGUCAUGGAGCCCCAGGGGGCGCAGCUGCUAAGUUCGGAGGCGCAGGGGCCUGCACCGUGUGUAGACCCCCCGCCAGCUGAGGAGCUGCCAGCCCCAGCGGUCCCUUGCAUGGAAGGUGGCGGGGACGGCGGCAGCAUGUCGGAGGCCUCGAGCCCCGACGCUGAGCCCCCACCCCCGGGGGAAGAGGCUGCCCUCCGGGAGCAGGAGGAGCUGCUGGAAUGCCGCCGCCGCCGCCGCGCGCGCUCCUUCUCCCUGCCCGCCGACCCGAUCCUGCAGGCGGCGAAGUUUCUGCAGCAGCGGCAGCAGCUUGCCUUGGGGCUCGGCGCGGAGGGCGGCGAGAGGCCCGAGGGCGUGUCGCACGGCCCCGGCGGCUGCUGCGCCAAGUGCAAGAAGCGGGUGCAGUUCGCGGACGCGCUGGGGCUGAGCCUGGCCAGCGUGAAGCACUUCAGCGAGGCCGAGGAGCCGCAGGUGCCGCCCGCCGUGCUGUCCCGCCUCCGCAGCUUCCCCAUGCACUCCGAGGACCUGGAGCAGCUCCCCGACCUGCUGGCCGCGGCCGCGCCCCUCUCCGCGCCGCCUCCCCGGCUGCGGCCCCUCUUCCAGCUUCCCGGGCCGGGCGCCGCGGCUGAGCGCCUGCGGCGGCAGCGCGUGUGCUUGGAGCGCGUGCACUGCCCGGCGCUCCCGGGCGCGGAGGUGACGGGCUCCGGCCGGGUGCUGGGCUGCCCCGGGCCGAGGGCCGUGGCGGUGCGCUACACCUUCACGGAAUGGCGCUCCUUCCUGGACGUGCCGGCCGAGCUGCAGCCCGAGCCAGCGGAGCCGCUGCCGCCAGAUGGGGCGUCGGGGGGGACCAGGGAUGCCGAGGAGGAGCCAGGAGCCGAGCGCUUCCACUUCUCGCUGUGCCUGCCCCCCAGCCUGCAGCCCAAGGAGGGGGAGGACGCGGACGCGCCAGGCGUCGCCGUCCACUUCGCCGUCUGCUACCGCUGCGCCCAAGGCGAGUACUGGGACAACAACGCGGGCGCCAACUACACGCUGCGAUACGUGCGCCCGGCCGACGCGCUCUGAGCGCCAGGCGGCCCUCGGCCGCGCCCACCCCCAGCGCUCAGGACCGCGCGAGGGGCCCGGUCUCAGGGACCCGCUCUGACGCUUUGCUGAGCGGCGUCCACCUGGAGUGAGGGGAGCGUGGAAGGAAAGGAGGGAGCCGCUUCACCGUCACCUUGCAGCCAGACCGUCCCUUCGAGCAAGCGUGGUGACCCGGCCGUUUUCUUGUCGCUUAGGCCUUCCUCGAUGGCCUCUAGAAUUCUCGUCCCGCGUCGCAAUGGGAAGCAGUGCUCAAGACUCCUGAGCAGUAGCUUUCUCCAAGAAAAAAGUUCCAAGACCUUAGCACAGCUGUAAGACCUUGGGAUUUUUUUUUAACCGUAGGCGUCGUGUUCCAGCCUUUGCAGCUCGCUGGAGACCCCUCAGGCCUCAGGGAAAGGACGAAGCGUCGCGCCACACCGUGCAAAGGAGGGCGCAGGGCUGUGGCUCGCGCCAGGGCCUUCGCCCCGCGGCCUGUUUCUGGGCGGUCCUUUUUUCUUAACUGGAACCUGGGAGAUGUUUGCCUUACUUGACGUUAUUAUGCCUUUGUGUAAAUGUCCUUUAAAAAAGUAAAGGCCACUUGCACACUCUUUUAUCCUGUGCCUUGUAUUUCAGCUCCUGGGAGCUGAGGAGGCCUUGGCAGUCAGGCCAUUUUCCUCAGCUGAUGACGCGCGCACUUUAACAAUAGUUAAACAGCGUGUUUCCAAAUUUCCUUUCUUCCAUCCUUCCUCUCUGAUGUGGAAAGGCCCAGAUUUCCCAUACUGGGCAAAAGUGUUCUUUAAAAUGUUUUGUAGAAGGGGUUCUGUCCCCCGCCAAAAUCAGAUGCUUGGUGAAUUGAAAUGCCAGAGUAAUCCGGUAGGCCUUGGCUGUGAGCCUGAAGAGCUGGUCCCUGGCCCCCAGCCCCCUUUGUGUAGGCGGAGCACACACUAGGGGCCGGACUUCUGUGGGCCAUUAGCAGUCAGAGAGGCUGGACUCUCAGUGGCUGGACUCCAAGCGCAGGACAUGGGGGAUGGAAAGGUGGCUUUCUGUCCCACUCGGAGCCACAGGAGUAGUGGUGAGUUGACACGGGAAGCGUGCCCAGCAAGCAAAUGCUGCUCAGAACCGGAUGGGCGCCCUGCGCGUGGCGGGACUGCGGGCAAAGGGUCUGGUCGGCUUUCUUCACUCACUGCUGAUGGCUCUGGAGACCAAGAUGGGGUGGCCAUGCGUGAGCAUCUUGGAUGAGGACUUGAUUUCUUCACACCUCGGUCAUCCCUUGGUAAUUUAUCUUUCCAUAUUUCCAUAUUUAGUUUUCAUAUUUUCCAUCAUUUUGUUUUGGAGUGGUAAUCUUUAAGGAGGGAUGGUUUCACUGUUGCUCUAUAGGAACCAGGAUAGGCAUACUACAGCCCAUGGGCCAAAUUCAGCCUGAAGCCUGUUCUUGUAGGGUCCCAGAGUUAAGAAUGGUUUUUACAUUUUUAAACAGUUGGAAAAAUUUAAAAGAAGAACACUAUUUUGCGACACAUGAAAGUUGUAUGAAAUUCAAAUGUGUCCAUAAAUAAAGUUUUAUUGGAACACAGCCAUGCACAUUCGUGUACAUAUUCCCUAUCACUGCUUUGCUGCUAUAAGAGCAGAGUUGAGUAGAUGCGACAAAGACCAUAUGGCAAGAUCUAAAAUAUUUACUAUCCAGCCCUUUAUAGAAAGUUUGCCAACCCCUGCUCUAGAGAAGUAGUAUUUUUUUUAACACUGUAUGCUGAGAGUUAUACCUAAUAAAGCAGUUAAACUUUUAGUAAAAUUUGCCACUUGAACUAGGUCUCCUUUGAGUAAAGGUAAAUAGGUUAGAAUAAACACUAAGACACCAAAUGUACACUGACUGCUGUACUGGGUGGGUGGGGGGGAAUCUUCCUGCUGCCUUCUUUCAUCUAAGAAACAAUAAUACAUCAGUGCAACUGAAAUAUAGCACCCAUCUGAAUUAAUAUCAAGCUCCAAAAACUGCUGGAUAUUUCCAUGCCUCAAACUUGGAUGUCUUAAGCUAUAGAAAUACUUACUUUGAACUCUGGAUUGGUGACAUCUCUUGACGGGAGCAGUGUUUGUCAAAGGUAAUUGAUCAUGGAAAAAUUUUAAUAACUUAUUAGUGAAAGCCAUCAGAAGUUAAUUCAUUAUAAUUUACAUUUGGAGUAAAGCAGGCUAAAAAAUGGUCAUGUUGAUGAAAUAAUAAAUUCUUAAUUCACAUAUGCUUAUAAAAAACUAUAGCAAUAAAAAUAAGCAAUUAUUAGAUUUACAUCAUUUUUUGUUUACUAAACACAAAAGCAAUCAAGCCUUUUCAUGCAGUGUCCGGUAUUGGGUCUGAAGUACCAUUUUUUAAAAAGUGCAUUAUUGCAUAAUAAUAGAUAAAUAUAUUUUAUAUUUUUCUUAUGUAUUUAUGAAUACAUUUUAGUUGAAAAGUAUCGAUAGUGUAUAUAGCCUAUAAUACAGUUUGAAAGGCUGGUUUAUAUGGUAAUAAUGCAUUCUUUUGGAUUGUUUUGGAUUAUGUAAUGAUAUAUAAUGUAUAUUGAUCAAAUAUAAUUGACCAAUAUAAUGAUCAAAAUAGAGAUCCUUUUGUCUGGUAUACUUUAAAAUGGUAACCCAUUAAAUCUAGAACAAAAUAGAUAAGUGGGUUUUUUAAGAGGUAUGUAUAGCAAAUUUUCCAUUCUUAUAAAAGCUAUUGUUGAUUUUCAAAAGUAUAUUUUGGAAUUCAAAGAAUUAAUUUAAAAAAAUACUUGUUUCAUAAUAUAAUGAAUGCCAAACAUGGCUUUUAAAAAGGAAAUCUAGCUUUGCUAUCCCAGAAGUCUUGGAGAAUAGCUUUUCUAAGGUUCAGAAUUUUGUGAAAUAUUUUGAACAGUCCAGUCUUCCUGCACUUGGUUAUAGCCUUUCCAAGUACUAGAAUUGGCAAUCUUCCAAGUCAAGUUUAUUUUAUAAAGUGCCAGUUUUUCACUGUAGACUGAUAGCAAACAUUUUGUAAAGAAAUGUAAGGAAGUGAAGAUAGGUUUUGUUUCUGAAAAGUUAGUUUCAAAGGAAGGGGAAUAAUUCCUGACCAGAGUAAGGAAGUAUUUAACAGUAUAUUCUCUGAAUGGAACGAAAACGCACAGACUCAUCCCAAAGACAAAAUUCCCACGAGGCAGUUGCUGCUUUUUUGCAAUAUUUACCUCAACUUGGGUAAGCGAGUGUCAUUCUGCUCCAAAAUGUAAUAGUUUUAAUCACUAGAGCUGAGCAAGAUGUUUAAGCUAAGUUCUGCUCAGCUCAUUUAAUGACUCAGAGAGAGAGAGUCCCGAUUCUUCCUUAGGGCAGGUGGGUGCCUGGGUCACUGGCUCAGGGAAUGCUCAGUGAAAUGUGUUUCUAUCUAGUUUCAGCCGCGUAGCUGGAAAUGUGGCAGUCUGUAUGGAACAUGGUUUCCCCUCAUCACCCCCAGGUUUGUGAAGCAAGGUGACCAGGCGGCUCCAAGAGCUAACUUAGGGAGGCCAGGAUCCUGCUCCAGGGAGUGGGCACUGGACCCUGGGAGCUCCCUGAGUUCUGGGGACACUGAGGCAUCUCUGUCCACGGGUAGCAGGGCCACUGCUCAGGCAGCCUUCCUGCAGCACCUGGUGGGGGCAGUUGUCGUCCACGAACCGUGGCUGUAGGGGCAGGGGGACUUUCUCCUGUCCAGUGCCCUGCGGCUGUCCAUCCGACCACGCCCUCACCUGCUGUGCCUUUCCCUCUGCCUGACCGGGGAUGAGGACCUCUCUGGUGACGCUGUGGUUCUUGAGCCUGUUCACAGAUGCCAGCUCACAGCGAAGCAGAGCCUUCUGCUCAUUUCCUUUUCGGAGUUUUAGUGUUGGUCUCUUUGUACAUUAUUAUUUCAUGAGUUUCCCCUGUAUCUGCUUUCUAGCACACAGUUUUUGCAUAUUUUAGUAUGCUAAAUUUUUUCAUUCCCUGACUCAGUCUUGUGUUUCUUAGGAGCGUGUGGCUUGGAGCCACUGGGGGUAUAGUGAUCUGUGUCACGUGUGCUUUGUCAGGAGCACAAGGAACAGCCUUUGGGAGGAAAUGGGAUGUGGCAUCGUGGAACUGAAUCAAAUGUGCAUUUUUGGUUCACAGAGUGGGACACAGGUUUGUAGGUUAAAGGGAGCACCAUGACGUGUGGUACCUUAACAAACAACUCUGACAAACAGCGAGCUGUUUGCUGUUCGGCCUUUGCCCAGCCAAGCCCAUGAUGCCAGGGCCUGGACGGUCUUCCAGGGAUCUGGGGUGUGCUCUUUGUGGUCGCAGGGGCAAGGGGCUGGGAGCAGGUAGAACCUGACAAUCUGGGCUCAGCCCAGGGACCUGGCCUUUCCUCCUACAGAAUGGUCCUGGCAUCUUGUAGAUAAGUGGGCAGCGCCUGGAAGCUGGCUGGGAGAGGCUGCCCCUGGUUUCUCUUCCCGACUCCAUAAUAGACACGUUCUAGGUGGCCUAGUAUAUUUUCAUUUUCCUCUCUGGACUCCUUUUAGCUGAUCAAGGAGACUGUUAGAAUGCAGCCCUAAAUGGUCUUUUAAUCCUCCAAGAGCUGGUUGUUGGAGUGCUAAAUACUGUAAUUUAGGCUCAUUAGGAUUUAAACUCCUUUGAAUAUUUUUGGUAGACUUCACAUAUUGUGGAGUUUAGUUCUUUGACCUUGGCCAUCUGUGAGCUGACAAAUUUUGGCAAGGAAAGAAUAGAGUCACAUUUCAGCUGAAUGUAGAUUUUUGAGAUGGCAAAGGUCAAGGGCUUACUUUUAAGAUGUGCUAGUGAGAUUUGCCCAGUGAAUCUAAUAGAAUAGAAGUUUAUUUAAGUCAUGAGUUCAGAGCCAGUUCAGCUGGGAAGUCUACAUAUAUACAAAUAUCUCUGGUAAUCAAGGAUAUUUUAGAGUAACUUACAGACAUUUAAAGAAAUUAGAGCAGUAUAAUUUCUCCAUGAUUGUACUUGCUUGCUUAGGUACAAUCAUAUUGUUGACUUGCUCAGGUCCUUUGAAACUUGUUACCUCAAGUCAUUUCCCAUGGAAAGUCAACAACAUCCUAAUGUAUCCUGAAAUGGGAAAUUUGGUCUGAAAAUCUGAAUGGAAUGAAGAUUGAAGGCGGGUGGAUUUUGUGAACUAAGCUUGAAACAUUUAAUCUCCGAGUUGAAAAAUUCAUGAGCACAUCCUGCAAAUGGCUUUUCUACAAAUAGCUAUACAUGUUAUGUUGAGGAAGCAUCUUCUCCAGCAGAUGAGAAGUUUGUGGUCACAGGAAGCUGAUGGUCUUUAAAGGGGCCGCCUUGCAGUGCUCUUAGAGGAUAUGUGGUUUCAGCUCCUCCCUUGAGAUCUUUGGAUAAGGAACCCUUGUUAUCAGGAGGCUGUUCUGGCACAGCUGAAGUGGCAUCUUUUUAUACCCUAAGCAGGUGAAAGAGGUUACUAUUUCUUGGAGAAAGUUAGGUUUUUUCCUAAUUUUUACAUUAUUUAAAAAGAAAUGUGAAUUUAUAUUCAGAACCUCUUUAAAUAGUCCAGAGCAUUCCAUCUGUAUGUUCCUUUCUGUUUGGUUAAGUAGCAGUCGUGUUUUUAAGCACAGACUUCAGGCAUGUUGUUUUUGACAUUCAGGCAAAAAACCUCAAAACCUGUGUGUUACCACCCAUGUCACAAUUAACUGCAGACCCCAAGAUUAGUGAGUCCUAUUUAUUAUAUUGUUUGUUGUUGUUAGUGCAGUCGAGUGGAUUCCGACUCCUGGUGACACUGUGGACAGCAGAGCAGAACCCUGCCCGGUCUUUUUGUGCCAUCCUCUCACUUUCUGGGCUGUAUCAGACCGUGUACCACUUCGCAGCUAUUCACGGGUUUUCAUGGCCAAUGUUUUCGGAAGUGGGUGGCAGGUCUUUCUUCCUAGUCUGCCUAGUCUGGAAGCUCUGCUGAAACUUGUCCACCAAGGGUGACCCUGCUGGUAUUUGAAAUACAGGUGACGUAGCUUUCAGUAUCACGGCAACCUGCAGCCGCCACAGUGUGACAGCCAACAGAUGCGUGGUGUGGUUCGCUGACUGGGAAAUGAACCCAGGCCACAGCAGUGAGAGCAACAAAUCUUAAUCACUAGAUCACCAGAGCUGCCAUUUAUUGUAUUAGGAUUGUAAUUUUAUAAAUCUGAGUUUGAAGGUCCCUGGAAUAUCUACAAAUUGAUAUUAAAUGGAUAAUUGCAGAUAUUAAUGUAUGUUAAAUUGUAGACAAGUGCUUAACAAUGAAAUACAUGUUCUUUUGCAAAAAAAACAAAAGUUAGUACAUAUUUAGAAAAGUUUGUGAGCCUCCCACUUUGCCCCUACUCCCCAAAAUCUGAACUAGAGGUUGCUUCUGUUACUAGAUCCUGAGUUAUUCUGGAUUUGCUGUUUCCCAGCAAGUCACUGAAAAUGAAUUUAUGUAUUGGAGCAACAUGCCCUGAAAGACUGGUUUUUCUGGCAGAGGAAACUGCACCCUCAAAAUGGGUUGUAAAGGCACUGACUUCUGAGCCUGGGUGUUGCCCCUGCCCAGCACGACCUGCCGCUAUCUAGAGCCCUGAGAAGGUGGAGGGGAUGAGACGCCUGCUUGGGUCUCUGCCCUGGUCUGUGGUGUGUCCUCCCCAACCCCCGAGACCUGGCCUGGGCAGAAGGGCACUGAUAGCUGCGAGGUCGAAGGCACAGCUUUCUGAGCCUUCACUUUUGACUCUGCCCCAUCUAGUUGGUUCAUAAGAUCUUUCAGAGUCUUCACUAUCCAGAUAAAUUUGUUGCAGCCAAGGGUUUCUAAAAUGAUUCAGCAACAUUCUCUGUGGGCACAAAUGUCAGAGGCAGUGGCAGAGACACCUGCGAAGCCUGACCCAUUAUGUGAUGGCAGAGGUUUGGGACUAUAGGGCAGGGAGACCCAACCUAAUGUGCAAAGGCUUCCUCGGUGAGUACCGAUGGAGUCUGACUUACGUGUGUUUGCCCAGAGCCCGAUAUUGUUAAGGCUGAUUGCCACUGUAAUAUCACUGAAACACCUGAGUCAUUUCUCCCGGGUCUGAAAAUGCAGUGUGGCUUACCUACGUGUCUCUCUGAAACCCCUGAGCUUCCUAGGGAGACUGCCUGUGGAGGGUGCUGACGUGCCAAAGGAAGUGGAAGUUUCCAGCCCUACCUGGGGGUGGGGGUGGUCCUCAGAGCUGGAGCAAAGAUGAGCAUCAGCUUUUGUUGGCAUAGUGUCUGUCCUCCUUAGCUGAAACCAGAUGGGGCCGAGCGCGCCUUUAUCAGGCAUGCAGCAGAGACAAGAGUGGGCCACUAUUUCAGACAGCAUAUUUUUAUGUGAUUACAUGAAUUUUACACAGUUCCUUCUAAUAAGGUGAGAGAAAAUAACCUCAUUAACCUCCGUUUUAAGAUUUGCUUGAGAAAUGUGCCAAGUGGAAUGUCUGAGAUGAAUAACAAAUUCCUGUGAAUGUGAUUUUUGAUAACGUUUAUUUAAACUAAGAACUACUGUAGUCAAAACCCAGCCCUUGUGUUUCUCCUUGAUUUUAAAAGCAUAGUUAUAUCUUUGUGGUUUAAAAUGUCUUUUCAAUUCUGAGGGUUUUUAAAAAAACAUUUUGACUGUUCUGCUUUAUGUUUAUUUUUCUGUAUGUGUUACAUCUAAAAAAUGCUGAACCCAAAGUCCUAUUUUGAAUAAAGAAUGUAAAGCACUUUGGUACUUUAAAA